UUCAAGCAAGCAGUCGAGAGGGAGGAAAGACUCAAAACAGCUAAAAGCCUAAAACUUGUUGGACUUGUGCUUUCGUUCUUUGUUUCACUUUUCAAAUCAAACAAAAAACGAACGUGAUUUCACAGUGAACUCUGUAGCUGAAUCCAAACAUUGAUGAACGGCCAAAGAGGAGCUUAGGCCAUUGCUAGGGUUUCCAAGUGAAGUGAUGGCGAGGCGCUCUUUUUCUCGACUCUUCUCUUCUCGUUUCCAACUCAAUCGUUUCAUUUCUUCUUCUUCUUCCUCUGGAUUUCAACUCUUCGACCCUCCUCCAGUCUUACCUCAUCGUAGGGUUGUCGUCACCGGUCUAGGCAUGGUCACACCGCUUGGUUGCGGCGUGGAAACUACAUGGAAGCGUGUGAUAGAGGGGGAAUGUGCAAUUAGGGCAUUGUCUCCUGACGAUCUCAAGAUGAAUGGAUUUGAUAGAGAAACGCAGUUGUAUACAUUUGAUCAGCUCACUUCAAAAGUUGCUGCGACUGUUCCUUGUGGUAACAGCCCUGGUGAAUUCAAUGAAGAAUUAUGGCUUAAUUCCAAGGAGCAUAGAUCAAUGGCAAGGUUUAUAGCCUAUGCACUAUGUGCCACUGAUGAAGCUCUCAGAGAUGCCAAUUGGGCACCCACUGAGCAGGACGAGAAGGAAAUGACGGGGGUUUCCAUUGGUGGGGGAACUGGAAGCGUUAGUGAUAUGUUGGAUGCAUCACAAUUGAUUUGUGAGAAGUUGUCUACUUUCCUGACCCAGCGCAUUCGUCGGCUUAGUCCAUUUUUCAUCCCACGGAUUUUGAUCAAUAUGGCAGCUGGUCAUGCAAGCAUAAAAUAUGGAUUCAAGGGACCAAACCAUGCUGCAGUGACAGCUUGUGCAACGGGUGCACAUUCAGUUGGUGAUGCUGCCAGGAUGAUUCAAUUUGGAGAUGCUGAUGUUAUGGUGGCUGGAGGAACAGAGUCCAGCAUCGAUGCUUUAUCUAUAGCAGGAUUUUGUAGGUCAAGAGCUUUGACUACAAAGUACAAUUCAUCCCCUCAAGAAGCCUCAAGACCUUUUGAUUCUGGUCGAGAUGGAUUUGUGAUCGGUGAAGGCUCUGGUAUCUUGGUGUUGGAGGAACUGGAGCAUGCAAAAAAGAGAGGAGCAAAAAUUUAUGCAGAAAUUCGUGGUUACGGGAUGUCAGGUGAUGCAUAUCACAUUACUCAACCACAUACUGAUGGAAGAGGUGCCGUUUUGGCCAUGACACGUGCUUUAAAGCAGUCCGGUCUUCAUCCAACUCAAGUGGAUUACAUAAAUGCCCAUGCUACAUCUACUCCUUUAGGUGACAUGGUAGAAGCCAACGCUAUCAAAUCUGUAUUCUCUGAGCAUGCAGCAUCAGGUGGUUUGGCCUUGUCAUCCACGAAGGGUGCUAUUGGUCAUCUUCUUGGAGCAUCUGGAGCGGUGGAAGCAAUUUUUGCAGUUCUAGCCAUACACCACGGAAUUGCUCCUUUGACACUUAAUCUCACUAAACCAGAUCCCGUUUUUAGUAACAGUUUCAUGCCUUUGACUGCUUCGAAGGAGAUGCCAAUUAAAGCGGCCCUGUCAAACUCUUUUGGCUUUGGAGGAACAAAUGCAUCCUUGCUGUUCACCUCCGCUGCUUAAACUGAUGGACAGUUACGUCCUCGAAGGGAUGUCCUUUUCGAGGGUUAUAUAACUAUCCAUUGCCUUCGAAUUGAAGUUUUCAGAAAGGAUGCUAGUAAACUAACAAGUGAGAUGAUCACCACUUGCAGUUUUACUUUCUUUUCAUAAUUCAAUUGUUUUAUGUUUUUUAAUUUGAGUAGUUUAAAAUGGAAAACUCAUUUAUUUGAAUUAGAAACUUUGAUGUAUUUAGCUUGUUAGAAGAGAGCUUUCCAGAUGAGCAAUGUCAUAGGAGAAAUUAUUCCGGCACUAGGUGAAUUUUUGUUACUUUCAUGUGAGGUACAAUGUAAUUUUGAUGAAACCUCUCAAAGAUGGAGACCAUACUUUCUUACAUACUCGACCACAUGAGUGGACAAGCAUUUACAUUGAAUAAUUUGCAAUGCAUCUUUUUGAUGUGGCUUGAGCUGCCAUUAUUGUAAAAUGCGAUUGUAAUAAUAAAGUUAAUUAUAUAUAUUUUCUUAUGAAAGUAUGAAGGAUGCCUAUUGCACCUUUUCA